ACUUUUCUUAUAUAAAUCUUCUCUCUUUCCUCCCAACUUCAAUAAAAAUAAUUCAAGUUCUCUCUUUAUAGCUACUAAACUCCAGUCCCUUUCUUCCCCACCUCAGUUUAAACCCGGUUCUUUGCUAAAGCUCUUCUUCUACUCCUUACAUGGUCCUUUCAGCUACCAUUUAAUCCUAAAUCUCACCUUCAGAACAUAAAGAUGGCUGUAGACUACACUAAGCAGAAGGCUUUGAUUAACAUUGAGCUAACACAGGGUAGGGAGCUAGCUAAUCAGCUCAAAAGCUACUUAGAUGAUCAUAAUACCGAAAAAUCAGGGGAAAUUUGUGAGGCUCUACUAGAAAAGAUUUUAUCUUCUUAUGAAAAAUCACUUGCAAUGCUCAAGUCUGGUGCUACAAAAUGUCAAGAACCAAAAGAGACUCCUCAAUGCCUCAGCAGUGAUAAUCCAACAAGUCACACUUGUGAUCAAUCCCACCAAAAUGCUCAAAAAAAGAGAAAGGCAUUGCCUCAAUGGAGUAAAAUAGCCCAAGUUUUAACACUGACAGAGCUUGAUGAUGGUUAUAGUUGGAGAAAAUAUGGGCAGAAAGAUAUAUUAGGAGCUACUUUUCCAAGAGCUUACUAUCGUUGCACUCAUCGUCAUACACAAGGAUGUCUGGCAACAAAACAAGUCCAACAGUCAGAUGAAGAUCAGUCUGUCUUUCAUAUAACCUGCAAAGGAAGACACACUUGCAACCAAACGACCAAAUCAAGUAAUAUGCCUGAGAAAAAGUCGGAAAAACAAAAGAAAGAAGAGUGCAUAAGAGAAGCUGGAACUGAGAAUGAAACAAUGACACUGUUGUUCAAUUGUGAAACUUCUAGCCUUAAAACAGAGAAACUGGAAGCAGUGCUUGAAAACUUUCCAUCAUUUUCUUUCCCUUCCACUGCAGUCGAAACGCCUGGUAUGGAAAAUUAUAUAUUUUCUAGCUCUUUGUGGGAAAAUGAUUCACCAACUUAUAUAUCGCAAGAAGCGUCAGAACCUGAUUACUUCUCAUUGUCGCCCUGCCAUUUGAACGAAUUCGGGGAUUCCCAACAUUUGCCACACUCGGAAUCAGAUUACAUGGAAAUGUUGUCAGUACCUAAUUCAGUGAGCAAUUCUCCUGUUGAGGAUUUGGAAAUUGUACUUGAUAGGGCUGAGUUUGAUCCUGAUUUCCCUUUUGAUCUUGUUGAAUAUUUUCACUAGCUAAAUAAAUAUUAGAAGUUGGCUGUU